CUCUUUUCACUCCCUCGUCCGCUUCUUUGCCCAGCGAAAGUAACGCAAACUCGGAAACGGAAUAGCAUAGAGCGACAGGGGAAGAGAGAGAGAGAGAGAGGCAUGAGAACGAGAAGAGGAGCUUGGUAUUCCCCGGCCGAUGCAUGCUCAGAGGACGCCGAGGCGGCGGCGAUUAAGAGGCCGCGGGACGUCGCCGGAGACCAGGCGGGGUGCGGCCGGAAGAGGCAGAGGUGGUCCAGCGGUGGCUGCGACUCCUUCGACGCGUUGCCCGACGACCUCCUGAUUUGUAUCCUCUCCAGGGUCAGCGCGUCCGCUUCGUCCCCUUCGGAUCUCAUCAGCGCCUCGCUAACGUGUAGGAGAUUCAAUUCCUUGGCCACCCAUUCGCUUGUUCUGUCGAAAGCUUCGUCCAAGUGCCUCGCCGUCGGGGCAAAGAACUGGGGCGACUCGGCUCACCGCUUUUUGAAGCGAUGCGCUGAUGCCGGAAACAUGGAGGCCUGUUACAUUCUCGGCAUGAUUCGAUUCUACUGUUUGCGGAACCGAGGGAGCGGAGCUUCUCUCAUGGCAAAAGCCGCGAUUAACUGCCACGCGCCGGCGCUAUACUCCCUCGCCGUAAUCCAGUUCAACGGCAGCGGCGGCUCCAAGAACGACAAGGACCUCCGAGCCGGCGUCGCCCUCUGCGCGCGCGCCGCCUUCUUGGGCCACGUCGACGCCCUCCGCGAGCUCGGCCACUGCCUCCAGGACGGCUACGGCGUCCGCCAGAACGUCGCCGAGGGGCGCCGGUUCCUCGUCCAGGCGAACGCGCGCGAGCUGGCCGCGGUGCUCUCCUCGGCCUCCGGGGCCCUCCCCACGCGCUCCUCCUUGCUCGCGUGGAACCACCCGCGCCACGACGCCGACGCGCCCCGCGCCGCGGCGGGCUGCCCGUUGCUCAGCGACUUCGGGUGCAACGUGCCGGCUCCGGAGGUGCACGCGGCGAACCGGUUCCUGUCGGAGUGGUUCGCGGCCCGCGGCGUCGGCGGCGGCAGCGGGGGAUCCGCCGGAGACGGCGGGCUGAGGCUCUGCUCGCACGCCGGGUGCGGGAGGGCGGAGACGAGGAGGCACGAGUUCCGGCGGUGCUCGGUGUGCGGGGUCGUGAACUACUGCUCGCGCGCGUGCCAGGCGCUGGACUGGAAGCUCCGCCACAAGUCCGAGUGCGCCCCGCAGGAGCGGUGGAUCAACGACGGCGACGGAGAAAAUGACGGAGUUGGUGCGGGUAACGAUGAUGUCAUCAUGGCCGUGAGUUGACGGGCGAUCGUGAACGGCGGUUUGCUGCUGCUCUUUUCUUUUGUUUUUUUUUCUUCUUUUUUUGGUGUCUUCCUUCGUUUUUCUUCCCCUUGAACUUCUCCCUUUUUCGGGAAUCCGGGGUUAGACUUUAGCCUCUCUUUUUUUCUUUUGGGUAACGGAAAAAUGAGAAAAUGAGGGCAAUUUUGGUGGGAAAAAGGAGAGUGGAAGUGGCAUGAUUUUUUUUUUUUACGGCGGUUGCGAGGAACGAGCAACUUUCUUCGGUCUUUCUUGUAUAGCAUAUACUUCGUUGGCAUCCAAGGGUAAUCCGGUUCUUCUUUUUCUCA